AACUCGCAGACUCUUAUUUCCAGCACCAAGGACAGCUCCUCGCCCGUAAUAAAGAACGAGAAACCCAAAUCAGGCACACGUUUAAAUGCUGGCACCAUUAAUUUAAAAAGAUGUCAGCAGAGGAGUAUGGAUUAGCAUGCGAUUUCUGUGGUAAAAGAAAACUAAAAGUUUAACGGAGGCCAUCAUUUGCUAAGGAAUAGAACGCAAUUUUGAGCUAAAUCCAGGGACACUUGAGAAGUACACUGGGAAUGUAUUUUACUUGAGAUGAGAAACUCAAAGGCUAAGACAAGAAUUAAACAAAAGGAAUAUUCAGACGUCGGAAAACUUGUCCGCAUUUUUCGAUUUUCAAAUCGACUCAAGGCUUCAAAAGUCUGAGGCUGAAUAAUCAAGUAGAAAAUGGAACAAUUUGGGGACACAAAAUAAACUCACUCAAGAUUGAAAACGUCCUGAAAAAUAAACGGAGUGCAGAGAGUUUCAAGAAUAGAAAGGAAUAGCAUGCCCACAGCAAACAAAAAUUAUUAAUGUGAAUCCUGUCUGCAUGCUGGUUAAUACUCUUUUCUACGGGAUAUAAUAAUGCAACAGCUAGAUAUUUCACUUAACUGAAAAUAUUAACGUGAAGUUACCAGAAGGCAGAACAUCAGAUAAAUUAAGCAAAUAAAGUGUCCUGUUGUACCACGUCAGAGGACCGGCCUACCAACUGCCUAACGAUGAUCCGAUUGUUACAGAAUUAAUGGAAAUAUGUGCUGCACAAAACGGUUGCAAUUUAAGAAAGUUACUGCUUUUUCAUAUGCAAUGUAUAUUGAUAUAUCUUUUAUUAGUAUUUCUUCGCAGCACUGCUGAAAUAAUUGUCAUGCUACUGCUGCUAUUAUGGAAGAGCAGAACAACAUGGGGGCUCAAAAAAAACGUUGACAUUGGUAGACAUUAGAGAACAGAGAGGCUGCAUAUCUGCUUUUGACUUUGUCUCAUCAAUCAUCUGUUUUUGACGUCACUUUGAACGUAUCAGUGCCACACUUUUUUAUUUUUUUACAAAUUACCAGUGUUGCGCUGUCAUAAUUUAACGUAUUUAAUAAACCAAUCAGCAUCUAAAUACGUCUUUCAAGUCUAUGCUCUGUUUCAAGUUGAUAGAGAUGUUUCUUGGAUUAUGCCCAGUGUUUCAGGAUAAGCUAGAUUUGAACUACAUUCGUUUUCCAGCACACGCGCGCACACACACACUCUUAACUGGUAUAUAACGUAUCCCAGUAUAGAAAAUCCUUUAUAUUAAAGAACUAUUGUUUGCAUCUUAACAGCGUCAAGCAAUUAUUUUUGUCUUCUGCUACGGGCAGGUCUCUGCAUUAAGAUUCACUGUUACAAAACACAGCAGGGUAAACACUAGUUGAAAUUCUACAGCUCUGGGUGGAGUUUAGUGAAUUAAUUAAUUUUAAUAUAAUGGUAACUGUUUUGUCAUUAUGUCAGCCUUGCAAAGGACUAUGCAUGCAUGCAUACUUUUGAAUAUCGCCCGUGUGGGAAGGUUAUUGCAUAUGCGUCUUUAAAAAUGAGCCUUAGGUGCGAACUAAAGUACCUCCCCCAGAAAUGCAGCAGUCGGUCCCAUUUCAGUUUUUACAGAGCCAAGUAAAGGGAGGGAGCGAGGAGACGUGCGGCAGGCACGACCAAAGGCUUGCGUUGGCAGAAUGAUGAUGUUGAUGACAAGCCCCCCUCCCGCUCUGUUCCCCCUCGGCUGCUUUGCGCAGCACUGGUAUCAUUCGGCCUGAAAGAAAACAGCUGAGGCUUAAGCCACCCCUUGUAAAGGGAGAGAAAAUUUACCAUAUUCCCCACGAUUCUUGCUACUUUUCAGCCUCAGCUGUUUAAGUUUUCAUCUAGUUCAUAUUUUUAAAUCAUACUUGCAUGCAGACAAGAAAUCAAAGGAUAUCGCCAUGAAAGAGUCAAAGGCAUAGAAAGCAGACUGGAAAGUGUCAUGAUAGAUACAUUUCUGAAGGAAAGAAGGAGCAGGUUUAACAAUUACUGGAGAUAGCACUGUUGAGAAGGGGGCAGCUGGUUUGUGAAACAGGCUUAUUGUACAAAAGCUAUACAGUCUCAAAGAAAGAGACAUGGCUACGUUGAUCAGAAGCAAAAUUUCCAAUGUGGCGACCUCAGUGUCCAACAAAUCCCAAGCAAAGGUGAGUGGCAUGUUCGCUCGAAUGGGCUUCCAGGCUGCUACAGACGAUGAAGCUAUCGGCUUUGCUCACUGCGAUGACCUGGACAUGGAGCAUCGCCAAGGGCUUCAGAUGGACAUUUUAAAGUCCGAAAUAGGAGCAGAAGGGUCCGAGCCGCCCAGUGAGGGAGACAUUCAUUACCAACGGGACGGGACUGGGCCUCCUCCUUCCACUUCAAAGGACGAUGGCAUGUGCUCAGAAAUCUCCGGCCAGGGAAAACCAAAAAUUACUGCAUGGGAAGCGGGGUGGAACGUUACUAAUGCAAUCCAGGGAAUGUUUGUCCUUGGUUUACCUUAUGCUAUUCUCCACGGUGGAUACCUGGGACUCUUUCUAAUCAUUUUUGCUGCUGUGGUGUGCUGCUAUACAGGAAAAAUCUUAAUUGCCUGCCUUUACGAAGAAAACGAAGAUGGCGACGUGGUCCGUGUAAGGGAUUCCUACGUGGACAUCGCAAAUGCUUGUGGUGGUACCAGAUUCCCGAAACUUGGUGGUCGAGUGGUGAACGUCGCACAGCUGAUCGAGCUAGUGAUGACUUGUAUCUUGUAUGUCGUGGUUAGUGGUAACCUGAUGUACAACAGCUUCCCCAACUUGCCCGUUUCUCAGAAGUCCUGGUCAAUCAUUGCCACCGCAGUACUUCUGCCUUGUGCAUUCCUCAAGAACCUCAAAGCGGUGUCGAAGUUCAGCUUGCUAUGCACCCUGGCCCACUUUGUCAUUAAUAUAUUGGUGAUAGCCUACUGUUUGUCCAGAGCCCGAGACUGGGCUUGGGAUAAAGUUAAAUUCUACAUCGACGUCAAAAAAUUUCCAAUUUCUAUUGGCAUUAUCGUCUUCAGCUACACUUCCCAGAUUUUUCUGCCGUCCCUGGAAGGUAAUAUGCAAAGCCCAAAGGAGUUUCAUUGCAUGAUGAACUGGACACAUAUAGCAGCUUGCAUCCUCAAAGGACUUUUUGCCCUCGUCGCCUAUCUAACAUGGGCAGAUGAAACAAAAGAAGUCAUAACUGAUAACCUUCCUCCCACCAUCAGGGCAGUAGUCAACAUAUUUUUAGUAGCCAAAGCCCUACUGUCUUACCCCCUGCCAUUUUUUGCUGCGGUGGAAGUCUUGGAGAGGUCUCUCUUUCAAGAUGGAAACCGGGCUUUUUUCCCAAACUGCUAUGGGGGUGAUGGGAGGUUGAAAUCCUGGGGAUUGUCCCUCAGAUGUGCCCUGGUGGUUUUAACGUUGCUGAUGGCAAUUUAUGUUCCCCAUUUUGCCCUCCUUAUGGGUCUUACGGGAAGCUUGACAGGUGCAGGUCUCUGUUUUUUGCUCCCAAGCAUUUUCCACCUCAUACUUUUGUGGCGAAAACUUCAGUGGCACCAGGUCUUUUUUGAUGUAGCUAUUUUUGUCAUAGGUUCCAUUUGUAGUGUUUCUGGUUUCAUACAUUCUCUGGAAGGCCUAAUAGAGGCUUUCAGAACCAACUCAGAAGAUUAGGAAGGAAAUGACUGUAAUAAUGCAAAUUAUAUUUUCACAUCAACAUAUUUAAGUUAUAACACAGUUUCAAAAUUUGAGGGGUUUUAUUUCCAUCAGCAAACUUCCUGAACUUGAUAAUGUUGUGCAGUGGGUAAACUGAAUGAGGUGUCUACCUUACAAGCAACUGUAUUUUGUUUUUUCACUGAUUUAAUACACGCAGUCAUGAUUUUAUGCAGUGUGUUUUACAGGUGCCAGCAUGAGCAAUUGCUAAUGCAUUUACGAAACACAACCCUUUGCUUUGGUUUGGUACUCGACGAUCCCCAAAUUAAUGUGCACAUUAAUAGACGCAUUUCCGAGCAAAGGGGAUUUUGAAACCGAAACGAAAUGUCAAACAUCAAUUAAUAAAUGAUGUUUAACAUCAUUUAGUAAAUUUGCAUAUUUAUACACCAACAGAAAUAUAUUUUAAAUCAGUGACAAAUACAAAACAAUACAAGGCGGUGAGGUCAGUUGUUUGCGAACUCUUAGAGAGAUGGGGAGACUCAGUCUUGGUUGAGUUACUGUAUCCACAUCUUGCAGUAGCUCAUUAUCGCCUUUUGAAGUAAAUGACUGGGGAAAAAAACGUCAGGUAUGUAACAGGCUCUUUUUUCAGCCUUAUCGUGCAAAAAAGCAAGCAAACCGUUUCCCUUUCUGACAGAAGGUGCGUUUGGGUUUAGAUAAAAUUCAAGAGGUGCAUUUGUUAUUGAGGAACGCUUGGAAAGGAAAUGGAAGUGUCCAGGAAUAAACUCCUGCUCUGUGCAAUCUACCAGAUAUGUGGACAUGUCUCAAAUGUAUGUGUGAUGUAACUGUGGUUUUAAAAGAUGGAAUGUAUAUCAAAGAUAAUUUAUCUUUAAAAUAUAUUGUGGUUAAAUCAUUAUACCGAACAAUAAAAUUAAAAAAAAUCUUUCA